AGGGCAGCUCCACGGGAUAAGGCGUGAUUGUGAAAGGUGACAUGCAUGCAUUAGUUACCAUUAGUUACGCUCCCUGGAGCAUGCUGGCUAUCUAACAAAGUAGAUUGCUUCUUUUUAAAGUAAUAAUAAUAACAACAACAACAACAAUAAUAAUAAUGAGAAGAUGUGAAAGGUUUGCUACUGCUAGUUGAUAAGAUGUAAAAGGUGUCUUUUUGGGGGGUAAGGCGAUGUAGGGCAUCGGUUAUAACAGUAUUGUUCCAACUGUGUCCUUUGCACAGAACAACACACUAAGUUGAUUGUAUUGAAACUUUCUCCUUCCCUCAUAAUCUUCUUCUGAAGCAGCCUAGAGGUGGGAUUAAUGUUUUACACUGAUAAGCAUAACUUAAACUCGCCCACCCGUAACUGUGCAGACAAGAAGUAACAUGGUAAAGCUGCGUUUGUGGUAAUAUAAAGGGAAUAUAAAGUGGGGAAACAAAGGCAAAAUGGAUGCAGAAAAAAGAGACAUUGUUGGUCUGAUUGCCAAAGUUAUCGCUGAAGCUUCAGACUCGGACAGUAACUGUGAGCUGCUGAUGGCAGGGAGACAGUACCCAUCAAUUCAGGAAUUUGCCUCUGCUAUCCCCAACCAUUUGCUUUUGGGCUCAUUGCUGGAACACCUGUGCUUUGUAUAUGAAAGUGACCCUACACGCUCUCGGAUGCUAUUCAAGGCAAUUGGUCAACGCCUAGCAGCAAUGAACCUCCUUUCACCCCUGGCCAUCAGUGACGAGUUCAGCACUGUGCGACUGCAGCACAACCGGGCCUUCACCGAGCUCCUGCAUGCUGCCAGCUCCUCCCUCCUCCCUCAGGAUCAUCGAUACUUGGGUGUGGAAGGCCAGACCCCUGCAUUAAGAGUAAAAGAUGGUCUUUUCCAAGCGCAGACAUCUCGCUACCUCAGUGAAUUUGAAGAGAUCUCUGCUUUGGGCAAAGGAUCGUAUGGCAAAGUGUUUAAGGUAAAAAACAAGUUGGAUGGACAGAAUUAUGCUGUUAAAAAAAUCCUCAUCAAGAAUGUAACAAGGGAUGACUGUAUAAAGGUGCUUAGAGAGGUCAAAGUUCUGUCCAGCCUUCAGCAUCCAAACAUAGUUGGCUAUCACACUGCUUGGAUGGAGCAUGUGCAGCCAGCUGGGAAAAAUCCAAAACCUUUCAUUUCAAAUGCCUUUCCAGCUCUAGGGACAUCAUCACAAAGAGAAGGGUGUCUCAGGGAAAGCACUGAUAGCACCAGUGGGUCAUUUAUUGUUUUUGAAAGUUCUGAACAUUCGAAGGACAUAAAUGACCAACCUGCGUGUGCACUGGAUGGCAUGUCAUUGAAAUCUACAAUGUCAAAUGAGGAGGGAAGCCACGCUAUGUGCGCUAAAAGCGUACGGAACCCGCAGAACUUUGUCCCAUGCGUGUUCCUGGGCAAGCCUGGCUCUGUGGUGGACACGUGCCCAGCACUUAGCUGGAACAUCUCCGCCCUGUCCGAGGAUGAGCCCAGCCAGGAUAGACUGGAGAUAAACCACAGGUUUUACACUGAUGCGGCAAGUCAACCGUGGGCUGAGAAACCGCCAAGGGAGGUUCAGUUUCACUUGAUGCUCUACAUUCAAAUGCAGCUGUGUGAGCGUUCUUUGAAAGACUGGAUUCACGAGAGGAACUGCAGACCCAAGGCAGAACUCACAGCGUCUACAGGUCCUUGCCAGCCAUUCGACUCUAAACAAGCAUCUGCUAUAUUAAAGAAAAUACUUGAAGGAGUAGCGUAUAUUCACUCACGUGGAAUUAUGCACAGAGACCUUAAGCCAAGAAAUAUUUUCCUUCAUGGCAAUGACUACCAUGUGAAGAUAGGGGACUUUGGAUUGGCUUGUAAAGACAUUGUAGUGAAUGAAAAAGAACAGCUACCUUUAAAUUCUCACACAGGCAACAACACAGAAUCUCAUACAACUGGAGUGGGGACAUUUAUUUAUGCUUCCCCAGAGCAACUAGAGGGAUCUCAUUAUGACCUGAAGUCAGAUAUGUAUAGUGUGGGAAUGGUUGCUGCUGAGUUGUUCCAGCCUUUCGGGACAGAGAUGGAGCGUGUACACACACUUGGAGACCUGAGACAGGGGAAGGUCCCAGAAACCUUGUGUGGGGACUGGCCAGUGUUGACCAAGUACAUCAGACUGUUAACCAGCUCUGAUCCUUCUCUGAGACCAAGUGCCUCCCAAUUACUGCAAAGUGAUCUCUUCAAUACCCAAGACAUGGUAAUACACAGUUUGCAGCGGAGGAUUGAUGAGCAAGAAGAGGAAAUAUUUCAACUCAGAAAACAAAUAAGUCAGCUACAGAGCUCGCAAGGUACAGCUCAUGAUCCAGACAAAACGUAAUCGCAACCAUUCCUGAUUACCCUUUUCUCAGUUCUCAGUGUGUAUUAUAGGCUUGGUGAGGGGUUGUGGGCAACAAAUGGUUGUAUGUAUGAAUGGCAUAAUAAAAAUAUAAAUA